AUGGACUGCCUGGAGUUGAACAUCCGCCAGCGGAUUCUGUCGGACAUUGCUACCCUUGAAGCGGAAACAGAAGAGGACCUCCUCACUACUCGUGACCUCAUUCAAUCCAAGGCCCAGCUGGCAGACGAGGAACGCAGUCCACCCAAUGGUGACUUUGUGGGACGGGAUGUUGAACCUCGUGCAUUUAUGUCUGAGGCCAGGGCCCACUGUAACAUUGCGUUCGGCGAACUUGUCGCGAACUUUCCGGAGGAACAUAUCGCGAAGCAUGUCGACACCCUCAUUCCAGUCCUAACGGAUCUUUUGCGCGAUGUGCCACGCAUAGACUUUGACCGAUGUCUUUCAUGGGAUGAGUGGGCCCUUCCUGACCAGCUGGUCUUUUCUACCGUUUCUGCCCUUUUACGUAUCUGCAGCGCACACCCAGAUUACGCAGACAGCGCCAUCACCUCUAUCAUCACUUUCAUCACUGACAUUGUUGCAAACCUCAAGGAGUCCAACUCCAUUGAUGUGUUCACAUACCUCACACCUUCUGUUCACGGACUGUACCGUGCCAUCACUUCCACUCUUUACCCGUGGACCGCCUCUCAGUGGUGCCUUCUUUCUGACUCGCUCCAAUCCCUUGUCGCGACUCCUGUCCUUGAACGAAUCACCCGUCUCCUGCUUGACAUCCAUCAAGAAGCUGACUCUGAUCCUGACGCCGACGUUACCUCUAUCACCUUCUGCCACACUUUCCUCUCUCGAUACAUCGCAUUUGGACGCCCACUGACCGGAUACUUCAUCGUAUGCUGUGUCAUGGAGAUGCAAUGGACUGUGCUUGCGCAAGCCCUCGCGAGUACUCCUCUGGUGCACAAGGGCCAGGUGCACGAAGCGGCGGCGGCGAAUAAAGCGUGGGUGAAUCUCAUGAAAUGUCCUGCAAAGGAUUUAGGAUUAGAGAACGAUGAGGAGACGAAGGACUCAUUGAGGGAUACCAUCAAGGACGCCCUGCAAUGCUUUAGUGAUCUGCUGGAGCAGAUUGAGGGUAUGGAAACCGAACCUCCUACUGAUACGUAUGUAUGGGAAACCAUGUCCGAGAGCCUGAAACUAGCAUCCAUCUGCUCAAUUGCGCUUCGAAAGCUGGAUGAUAAUCUGCACACUCGUCUGAUAGAGCUAUUAAGUGACAGUGCACCCAUCCUGGACAAUCUUGUUCAGGAAUCGGCGCUCAAGGCUACUACGGUGCUUGUGCGAAGCUUCCCGGAGAUCGCUCCGUCGUUUGCAACACAUCUCCGCCGCUUCGUCACUUCUCCUCUUUCCAUAUUCGAGUUUGCAUUCAACGCGGAGAAGCGUGCACCCCCACCUCUGACAGCGGCUGCCAAAUGCCUUGCGCUUUGCAUCAAACUGUCACCUGGUGACGACUCUAUCAUGUCUAAUAUGUACUCUCUACUUAAUUAUAUCGCUGCGACCUCCAAAGAAAUAUCCGAAUCAUCCUCUUCCAACCAACUACUUUCCAACCCCCUCUACACCUCCUCAAUCACCUCUCCAGAUGAUAAUAUUACCUUCCAGAGCGAUGAAACAGGCCUACACGGCUGCUCAGACGAAGAGAAGCGGCUCAUUGGGAUCACGACUAUCUCCGUUGUAACGCGCCUUGCACUCGAGUUUCAUAUCGCGGGCCAGGAGGAGGUCACUAAGUUGACAAUCUCAAUGUUGUUGCAGCGCUUACGGACUUCGGAGCCGACUCUCGAGGCAGCGAUUGCAUAUAACCUUGUCGACCUUGCGCUUGUAGCUCCCGAAGAGUCGUUUAUAGACGUUGCGCAUGCAUUUUCGCUCAUCAAUCGCGCUACGAACAUGGAGGACCCGAGAUUCUCAAAUAACAUGUUGUUGGCCGCACAGACGAGGCUUGCGCGAGAGCUAAACCAAAGACCAGAUUUGUAUGACGUAUACCUGGUUGAGCUACUCACUCUCUUCGGGGACAAAGGCGUUGCUAUUCAGAAUGUAGCGACGUCUGACCGACAUGUCAAAACGGAAGAGAUGAUCGAGCAACUGGCCUCUCUACUGUUGCCGAUUGAAGCACUUCUUACCCAUGCGGAUUACUCUCCACACCUGACUGCUUCGCAAGAGCUCACUGGCCUCUUCCGGAAUAUGUGGUUUCUCUGCGUCCUCUUCCACUUCACCUCUGACGAAGAGAGGGGCGCGAUGACGUGGCUCACACCUGCGCUAUUGAAAAUUGCAACAAAGACGCCAACUCUUGUGCUCGAAAAUGCUCAUGACGCAGCGAGCGAAAUCGAGUAUAGCACUGUCAUCCGGCAUGAAUAUGCGCAGUCUGUAAUCUCAAAGCAUCAAUCGUUCCUUACACGCCAUAUUCCACAUCGCGCGAGCGAGAUACGCUCGUUGUCCCCAGGACAGGUAAUUUUCUUGUUGAUGAUGCACGACGUUGAGAGUAUGCGAUCUGCUGCUGGUCUCCCGUUGUCAUUGGUGUCAUAUUUCACGAAUGGCAGCCUGAAUCGACAGAGUAAUAUUAGUGUAUGCAUGGAGUCCGUAGCUGAUAAGGUGAUUCGUAGAUGCGUUGGGGAGAUGAAUUCCCAAGCUUUAGAACAGGCACUACCGGUCCACCUAUCGGAGGAACUUCGCAAGUUGCUUGUAGCCAGCACUCAUCGCAUAACUCGUGCUCGGGCCAUUGCAAACAAAUUCCUAUACAACCUGAUCACGUCAUUCCCUUCUCUCAUGUGCGAUCCACCACUGGUGUAUGCAAUCCUUGAGUGCCUUACUCUUCUGCACGAGUACAACCCGGUGUACGAGUUCCACUCUGAGUGCACCGGUAUCACGCUGCAGCUCACAGACGACUAUAAAGUGCGAAAUGAUAUCCUUGGACAAAUGCAGCGCAAUGCCAACACGUGGCUUGAACUUGCACUCGGUCGGGCUCCCAUUGAGCUCCAGUCGACACUUCAGAAAUAUCUCGCAGCUACGCAGCCGCUGAUCGGUGCGGACGCAGCUGAGUUAGGGGCUUCUGUUGCAAUAACAUUUGCCAAGGCCUUUGGUCCUGUGCACCGACAACUUUCCUCUUUAUGUAGCUUAUCAAAUUGGAAGUCUGAUCGUGCCCGCGCUCUUGCCAGUCAACUUGCGAGCAAAUGCUAUUUUUCAGGGGAGGUUGCUGGUUUGCGACUCGCCGCUCGUAAAAAUCAAGAUUCGUUGGAUAAAGUAGCUCCUCAAAUGCAAUGCAUUGGUGUCCAGCCUUUCAAGGAUAAGAUGGCCGAUACGAUGAAUGAUAUUCGGAAUAAACGCAGUUCUUUAACUGUUCAAGAUCUGAAGCGUCUAUUGUUCCGCUGUGCAGCGAUUCUCAUAUCAUUGGAGAAGCGCGAUUACACCUUAGUCCACUUCCUCGUCGCUCUGCCGUUCGAGGUUUUCACGCCCUCUGCGGUCGCUGUGGGUAUUGAGACGUGGACGUGGGUCAUUGCGGAGCGACCUAACAUGGAAGUGGCCAUUAUGUGUGAAGUGCUCACGUCUUGGUUUGGAACUGUGAAGGAACGAAAGGGCGUUUUCUCGGCAUCAUCGAACUGUGUUGAUCCAUUCUACCAUCCCAUCAGUUACAGUCCAACCGACAAGGACGAAAUCGAUCGAGCGACAACUCAUGCUCGUCGAUUGCUCAUGCCGCAUACCUUAGUCCUACAGAUGUUAUUUAGUCGAUUACAAGCAGCUAGAUAUUGGCGCCCAACUGUGAUGUUUCUCAUCCAGGGACUGGUUUUGCGAUCUGCGCGAGCUCACAAGUUGUUCAGCACCCAUCCGCUGGCCCGAGAGCUACGCUACAUGUUCCUUCUUUUCGGACUGGAGACGUUAAAGAGCUCUCAUCUGGACGCUGUCUGUGAAUGUAUGCUGCGCGAAAGUUUGUAUUGCACGGCAUAUUCGUGGUUUGCUGUUCGCCCACAGUGGUCUUUUGGAGCCAAUCGAGUGCAGGUUGAUGCUGACAUCAAAGUCCUGUCCGAAUUUCAUGUGCAUCUCCAGGGUGAUUCAAUCAGGAAUCUGUCGUCUCUUUCGAGUCUUGCUCCCCAUCAGUCUGCGUCGAAGGCCUCCCUCUAUGUCACGCGCCUCAAGAACAUCAACCAACCGCUCCGGCUUCUGAUAGAGAAUGAGAUAUUCAGGCUUUCGGUCUGGGCCAAUCCAAGCAACGAAGCGAAACGAGGCAGUGACCCUCAUGGCCUGCUGGAGCGCAGUACCCUUGAGUCGACUUGGCCUGGCGUAGUCCGAACAGUGUGGGAGGUAGACCCAGCCAUAGCGGUCUAUCUGACCGAGCGUUUCAAAAGCCCAGCAGCUCAUGCUGAGGUUGAGAAUCUGGUUCGUUCCAAUACUAGCCAGGUAGUCGACACUCCAGAGGCUCUCCGAUUUUUGAUCGGGGAUCGCUUCCGGGGUGGACAGAGACGAGAGCUGAAGUAUAUCAUCCUAUGGGCGCCUGUUACCCCUGUGAUCGCUGUUACUUUCUUCGAACGACGACACGGCAACGAUCCACUUUUAUUGCAAUAUGCCCAUCGAGUUCUCAAGCAACAUCCUGUCGAUCUGACAUUCUUUUUCGUUCCUCAAGUCGUCCAGGCUCUUCGAUUUGAUGACCUUGGAUAUAUCGCACAGUUCAUCUUUGAAACUGCAAAUGUGUCUCAGCUCUUCUGCCACCAAAUCAUAUGGAACAUGAAGGCCAAUUGCUAUAAGGAUGAUGCUGCUGAGAUCGAGGAUCCCAUGAAACCUGCUCUAGAUCGGAUGACUGAUAUGGUGGUCGAUUCACUGUCUGGUGAUGCCCGAUCCUUUCAUGAUCGGGAGUUCGGAUUCUUCAACGAGGUAACAUCGAUUUCUGGUAAAUUGAAGCCCUUCAUCAAAAAGUCGAAACCUGAGAAAGAGGCAAAAAUUGACGAAGAGAUGGCCAAGAUAGUUGUUGAUGUUGGAGUCUACCUUCCCAGUAACCCAGACGGCAUUGUUAUUGACAUUGAUAAAAAGUCCGGUCGACCACUUCAAAGCCACGCCAAGGCGCCGUUCAUGGCUACUUUUAAAGUGAAGAAGGAGCGCGUUAUUAUUGAUUCCGAUCCAGAGUCUCUUUUGGAUGGUGCACUCGAGAAACGUGAGGAAUACGACGUUUGGCAACAGGCUAUCUUCAAAGUUGGCGACGACUGUCGACAAGAUGUGCUGGCCUUACAAGUCAUCGCGAUGUUCAAAAACAUCUUCACCGGUAUCGGGUUGACCCUCUAUCUCUUCCCUUACAGGGUUACCGCAACUGCCGCUGGAUGUGGUGUAAUUGACGUGGUGCCAAAUGCCACAUCUCGAGAUGAGAUGGGAAGAGCCACAGUAAACGACCUGCUUGACUUCUUUAUUUCGAAAUACGGCAGAGAAGAGACCGUUGCGUUCCAGCGUGCUUGCCUUAAUUUCAUCCAGUCUAUGGCCGCUUAUUCUGUUGCUUGCUAUAUCCUACAAAUCAAGGACCGUCACAAUGGAAACAUUAUGAUCGACGGCGAAGGGCAUAUCGGAGUCAAAUUUGAACCGAGCUCCUUCAAGUUAACCCAUGAGAUGGUGGUUCUAAUGGGUGGCAGAUAUUCUCAAGGUUACGAACAAUUCCAGCAUCUCACGGUGAAGGCUUUUCUCGCUAUCCGACCUCAUGCAGAUCAGCUCGUCAGUACAGUCCAGCUCAUGCUGGGAACCGGUCUCCCGUCGUUCAAGGGUGAAUCCACCAUCAAGCGCCUCAAGGAUCGUUUUGCGCUCGGGUUGAAUGAGCGUCAAGCUGCCGAAUGGAUGAUGGGAAUCAUCCGCAAUGCUCAUGAAAACGUGAGGAGCACAGCUUACGAUGAGUUUCAACGGGCGUUUGCAGGUAUACCGUACAAGUAGCAAAUGCUACUCAAGAGUCAAU